AAAUUGAUCAUUCAAUGAAAUUCUAUCCAUCAUCGAGAACUGAAAAUCUUUCAAUGUUUAUAAAAGCUUUAAAAACGAAACGAUUACAUGAUAUACGUGAUGUGCCAAAAAUUUGGUCAUCUAUUAAUUGUAAUCAUGAUCCAAAUAUUGAAUUUUAUUGUAAUGGUCGUUUACCUGUUUUUAAUGAAUGGAUUAGUGAGAAUGCAAAACGUUUCUUUCGAAAAGUUUGGAAAGCUAGUUGUCCUGUACUUGUUAAACGAGUUCAUCAUAAUUUAUCUAAAACACUUUGGCAUCCAAAGUCAUUUAAAUUACAUAUGAUUGAUCAUCAUGAAACACCAUCAUUAUGGGAUUGUGAAACAUUAAAACCAAUUGAAACUAAUGAAGAGAUUUUAAUUCGUUUUUGGGAAGGAUUUGAACGUUUACAUGUUCGUUUGAGAGAUAAGGAACAUAGUGGACGACGACGUAUACUUAAAUUAAAAGAUUGGCCAACAAAAAAAGAUUUUGCAUCUGUUUUUCCAUCGCGUAUAAAUGAUCUUAUGAAGAAUAUUCCAUUUAGUGAUUAUACUCGACGAUCGUAUGUAUAUAAUGGUGUUACAUAUCGUGGUGGAAUUUAUAAUAUUGUUGAACGAUUACCAGCUUGUUUAGUUAAACCUGAUCUUGGACCAAAGCUUUAUAUUGCUUAUAGUAAAUUGUUAAUAGUAUUUUUUUUUCUAUUUUGUUAUAAUAGCUUAUAG